AUGUGUCCUAGAAACGAUACAGUGAAUGAGAUAAAUAAACUGAUUUUAGAGAAAAUUCCCGGUCAAGUCAAACACUAUAAGUCCAUUGAUAAGAUUGUUUCCACAGGUACAAUGAAUAACUGUGGAUCUGGAGGAAGUGCAAUGGCCACAGGAGGUGGUCCAUAUGAUGCAAAAAUAGCUGGAUUAUAUGACUUACUUGAUACACUGGGUUCUGGGCAUUUUGCUGUUGUGAAAUCAGCAAGACAUGUUUUCACGGGUGAAAAAGUUGCUGUUAAAGUAAUUGACAAAAGUAAACUAGAUGAAGUCUCAAAAUCUCAUUUAUUUCAGGAGAAUGACGAUUUAGAGAAAAAGGAUGCCAAAAGUUUAAAAGAAAACCAAUUUCUAGGAGAAGAAUCUCAUCAAAAACUGGAACAAGAACCUUUCGUGUCCAAUAAGGAUUUGAAAAGAGUUGAAAGUAGCAGUAAUAGAAUUCAAAUAUUAGAAAACAGACUAAUAACUUUUGAAGAACUACUUUUGAUGCAAGUUAAAGCUGGAGCUAAUGAAAAAUUUAAACGACAAAAAAUUGCUCCAGGAGCUGAAGUUAUAACACAUGAUGAUGUUGUCAAGUGUAAAAUGGAAGAAAAAAUAAAAAAUAUAAAGAAAGAACCGCAGACAAAUAAAAAUGUGACAAUGAUAAAAAAGCAACCAAAGACUAACAACUUAAAGAAAAAAGAACAUAAGAAAACACAAAGAAAAGUACCAUCCAACGAAAUGACACCUGACAUUAUGAGUGAUGAAGAUGCAGAUAUGACACCAAAGCGAGAUACUUCAUUUUAUGGUCCAUCUACUUUAACAGGAAAGACAGGCAUGAAAAAAAAAUUAAACGAAACUGCCCACCAUCAAUUGAUUCUAUAA